AUGGCCACUCAGCGGCCCCUUUCGGUAUUAUCCAUCAAUACGAGCCACAGUGACAUUACUCGAAGAAACAGCGCAUCCUUAAUUCAUCGCCCAAAUUCAACUGUACACAGCAUGAGCCAUGAGGAACUGACAUCCAAGAUUGCAGAUAGUUUCCAAGAGUUUUCAAACAUGCUUUCACAGUUAUCAUCAUGCAAGUCAAACAUUGCUCCGUCGCCAAUGACUCCUCCUCUCGUUCCACCUGUGGCUCAUCCCAAGAGUGCCCCACGAAAGCAAGUAUGUAACCAUGCGGAACCACCUUUGUCUCCGCCUACCACUAUCAUUGGUCAGAAUCAAAGCAAGGGCCAACUCAAGGGUAAAGUGAGAGCGAAAGAAACGCUGCGAAAAGAAGAGAAUGACAGUAAUAAAAGCAAUAAUGGUAACAACAACAUCGUCAGUAGCAAUAGUAGCAGUAGUACUAGCGGUAUCGGAAGUCAUAAUAACAAUAAUGAAGACCCGACAUGCUUUGAAAAGGUGAAUGUACUAUUAUUAAAUGGAAUGCAUAAUGUAGAAAGCGAGCAACCGUGUCAUGUUAUUGCCAAGUGUUUAACCAUUGCUAGCAGCAACGGACGGGCAGAUAUACUUGAAAAGAUGCUUGAACGCAACGUCGACUUAAACUGCACAGACAAUGAAACAUCCGGCAUCACUCCGCUCAUGUAUGCAGCCUAUUUUGGAAGAAUUAAUUGCCUACAUCUGUUGCUGCAGCACUCCUCGAUCGAGGUGAAUAAACAGGAUAAGAACGGCUGGACUGCCCUGACGUGGGCUGUAAGCGGAAGCCAAGCUGAAGCUGUACAGCUGCUAUUACAACACGGUGCAAAGGCAAUAAAGACAAAAAGUGGGAGGUCGCUCUUGGAGUUCCCAACCUGUGAGGCUAUAAAAGACCUCAUUGGUUCUCCGCCUCCUGCAGCCAAGAUCACUGAACAUCCUCCGAUUGAGCAGAAGAAAGUCGACAAUCAAGCAGAAUCGACAGAGAUAGACCUUUAUUACCAAACACCUGUUGAUGGUUACAAUCAUUUCGCAAACUUUUCGCCCAAGCUAUCCAGUCAAGAAAAGGACAUAGAUGUGAUUCAAGACAACGAUGGGUGGGAGUCAUCCGUGCUUAAAUCAACAGUGACAUUCGACUGGAGUCGCUGCUUACCUGACCAGAUGCUUGUUUUCACUGGUGCCCAGGUACCUUUGAUUAUGGACCAAGUCUUUGGUGUCACAAGUGAUACCAUCCGGUCCCUUUCUCGUCAACACUCACUCAGCAACGAACUAUGGGCACCUGCCAACACGUUGUUUUUAUGCGCCCGGUUUGCGCAUUACUGCUCCAGUCGUGAGUUGCUCUCCUCACUUUUGGAUGCGGCGACAAACAGAUUGUCAAAGGUGACAAAGAGUGCAAGUCGCGAUACCCACAGCCUGUGUUUCUGGAUAGCCAAUACCUGUCAACUUGUCAGCUAUUUGAAGAAAGACACGGGUCUGUCCAUCGUCACAGAGGACACUCAAGAAGUAUUUUCCAAGUCCAUUGCUGAGGCAUAUACCCUCUUUGUAACAGAAUCUCAAAAGAUGAUGGAAAAGAUGCUUGUGCCUACACUGAUGGAAUAUGAUCCUAUUCAAGAAUACGUUGAAUACGCUGACGACUGGCAGAGAUUUUUCUUUCGAAGGAAUAGCAGCAGCACAAUCACUGUAGAGCCUACGAAUCAAGCAUCCCCUCAGACCAUGACACAUCUACUAGGCCACCUGCAAUACGUACUUCAAUCGUACCACGUUCCAGCUGCUAUUGUCAUUCAAGCCAUGGCACAGUUCUUUUAUUAUCUAUCUUGCGAACUGUUUAAUCGAAUAUUAAGUAAUCGAAAGUACCUCUGUCGCUCAAAGGCGCUUCAAAUACGACUCAAUCUGUCCACGCUGGAAGAAUGGGUGAGGGAUCAUAAGCUGCCAUCAAGUUUGAACCAUGCUUUUGAUCCUGUCGUGCAGCUUUUGCAGCUACUGCAGUGCUUGACACAGAUGACAGAUAUAGAAACAUUCACAUCAACAGUAAGUACAUUUGACAAACUCAACCCCUUGCAAGUCAAAAGGUGUGUGCAAAAGUACCGGUACGAGGUCAAUGAACCUAAACUCCCAGAGUGUAUUGAGCAACUUGCGGUUCAGAUGGCUGCUUCCUUGCCAGAGAACAAGAGCAGAAGAAGUUUAAACCUGAGUGAUAGUAAGCGGUCAAGUAUAUCAAGUUUAAACUCUCUCAUCACACCCAAGAGCAAGAGAGCUUCUAUAUCAGAGCUGGAAGAUGACGAUCUGGAUGCUGACGAGGAAGAAGGUGAGACACGGAAUUCAAAGUACCUCUUGCCGUUUUCUGUCUUUAGUACAACCGCAUUAUUGCAGAAUUGGACAGAAGAAAAACAGAAACGGUUGGUGCAUCAUAGUUAUUCAGAGGCAAUUUAUCGAGAAAUCAAGCUGAAAAAAUUGGAGACGCUUGACUUGCUGGAUAAAAUAAUGCCUUCGCUUCCUGAUGAAUGGUUAUCGAGUCUUGAUAGAAAGCUACGUAGAAUGUCAGCAAAGUAA